AUGUAUAAUGAAGCAUUAGUGUUGAUCGAGGAUUUAUGUGUUUUAAUUACAAAUUUACCACUUAAUCAUUAUGGUAUGCCAUCACCUGAUCGCCCAGACACCGACUUAGUCAACACCGAUUUACAACGAGAAAAACAAUACGACCAUGGAAAUUUAGCAACAAUUAUCGUGAGCAAUGAGCCAUUACUGACAGCAGAACAAAAAAAUAUUUAUGAUCGGAUUAUGCUGGCUGUUUCUGCUGAACAAGGAUGUGCUGACAUAUAUUUUGGGCUGACUAAAAAGGAUGUUAGGAAAUUGGCAUAUGAACUUACUAUCAAGUUCAACUUAUCACGCCCUGUGUCUUGGGAUGACAGGGAAAUGCCUGGUGAAGAAUGGUUUUGCUUGUAA